AUGAAGCUCUUCCACCAAUACAUUAUUGUUCUCAUCCUUGGGCUCUUCCAAAUUGCCCUCGCAGUCCAGGUCCAGAAAUCUUUCAUCGUUUCUUACCCUGAAAACACACCGGAUUGGGUAUUGAAUGAGGCCAAGAAGGCUAUAACUGCUGCUGGUGGUUGGAUAACUCAUGAAUUCAUUCUAUUCAAGGGCUUCGCUGCCAAAGCUCCUUCAUCUGUUAUAGAGACCAUCCAAACAUCGUCCAACAAUUUCCCCCCCGUUAUCGAAGAGGACCAGGUUGUUACAAUUAAUGGCGAUUUUGGCACACAGUAA